AUGGCAUCUCCCGUGGAAACACUUCCUGCUAUCCCAGCAAUCAACCUCGAACUCCCACCUUCAAAACUUGCCCCCAAAGCCUUCGCAUACGCAAAGGAACACUGCACCGAACCCGUCUACAACCACGCCAUCCGCUCCGCCUACUGGGCAGCCCUAAUCGCCAAGAAACUGCCCGAGUUCAACAACAACCCAGACCUGAACCUAGAAGCCGUAGUCAUAGGAUGUAUCCUCCACGACAUGGGGUGGGCCAAAACCCCCGCCCUCUUAUCAGCAGACAAACGCUUCGAGGUCGACAGCGCCAACAUCGCCCGCGACCUCAUUCGAUCUGAAAACAAGCACACGGAGUGCAUCACCGAAGCGACAAUCCAGCGCAUCUGGGAUGCCAUCGCCUUGCACACUACGGCCUCGAUUGCCAGACAUGCCGCUCCGGAGGUUGCUCUCACUAAUUUGGGCGUAUUGGCUGAUUUUAUGGGACCUAGUCUCCGCGGCCCGGAUGAUGUGGCUUUGAUUACGGCGCAGGAGUAUGAGGCGAUUAUGCGGGUGUUUCCGCGGGCUGGAUUCAAUGGGGAAGGGUUUAAGGAUAUUAUGUGUUGGUUGUGUCGGACGAAGCCUGAGACUACUUAUGAGACGUUUGCGGGGGAGUUUGGUCGGAAGUUUGGGACGGAUGGUGUUGGGGGCGGACGAGAGCAGUACGUGCAGGCUUGGGAGGGAGCGCAGAGGGCGCAGGUUUUGCUUGCGGGCUUGGAUGCGUUAGAGGCUAUGGAUCCCAAGUGUUGA